UGUUGCUGUGGAGCAUUUUUCUUGCUUUCAGACACACAAGGUUAAAAAGAAGAAGGCGAGACAGUCCAGAGAUGUUCUGUUUUCCAUCCAGUUUUAAUUAAAAGUGCAUGUUUGGGAUUUAAUGAUUUAGAACCUGGAGAACAUGGACAGCAAGCAUCCAGAUGAACUCUACAGGGAGCCAGAGGAAACCAACAAACCUGCAGGCAGUAGCAGGACUCUUGUCCUAACUGUGUGCUCUGCUGCCAUUGGAGGCACCUUCCAGUAUGGCUACAACAUCUCCAUCAUUAAUGCUCCCACCAACUACAUCCAGAGCUUCAUCAACAACACCUACAUGGAGCGCUGGGGUGACGGGCUGGAUACCCCUCAGGUGACCCUGGUGUGGACACUAAUUGUCUCAGCGUUCUCACUGGGUGGCUUGCUGGGUGCCCUGCUAGCAGGGCCGAUGGCAGUCCACUUUGGUAGGAAGAAGUCUUUACUUCUCAACAACUCCUUUCUGCUUGUUGGCGCUGUGCUUGUGCUGACGUGUCAGGUGGCAAAAGCUUUCGAGAUGAUCAUCCUUGCCCGUUUCCUGGUGGGGAUGAACUGUGGUGUCAGCAUGAACGUCCAACCUAUGUACUUUGGAGAAAGUGCUCCCAAACACCUCAGAGGGGCUGUGGCGUUUUCCUCUGCGGUUUUUACUUCAUUUGGCAUUGUCUUUGGUCAAAUUGUGGGGCUUACCGAGCUGCUUGGCACAGAGCCUUUUUGGCCUUACUUACUGGCUAGCAAUGCUGUACCAGCACUGAUCCAGUUAAUCGCCCUUCCCUGGUUCCCCGAAAGCCCCAGAUACCUUCUGAUUGACCGGGGAGACAGGGACGCUUGCAUCCAGGCCCUUCGAAGACUUCGUGGAGGAGAGGUUCCCUCCUUGGAGAUGGAGGAGAUGCUUCAGGAGCAGCAGCAAAUGUCCGCAGCCUUAAAAUCAGGUUCUACAGCUCUAGCCAAGACGCCUUGGUCCCUGUUUAAAGAUCCUGGCCUACGAUACCAGCUCAGGACGAUCAUGGCAGCAAGUAGUGCCAUGAUGCUCUGUGGAAAUGACUCCAUUUACUUCUAUGCAUCCUACAUAUUUCAGGAAGCGGGAAUUCCACAAGAGAACAUCCAGUAUGUGACCAUUGGAACUGGGGCCUCUGAGUUUACUGCUUCUGUCCUGAGCAACCUUCUGAUUGAGCACGUGGGCCGGAGGUACCUUCUCAUUGGCGGAUACAUUCUGAUGACUUGUUGGUCGAUAGUCUUCACUGUAGCACUUAGCCUCCAGAGCCAUGGAGUGGCCGGGAUGUCUUAUCUCAGCAUGACAUGUGUGUUUGCCUACAUCCUCAGCUUUGGCCUAGGCCCAGCAGGGGUAACGGGUAUCCUGCCUGCUGAGAUCUUUGACCAGGCAGCUCGCCCAGCAGCCUACAUGGUUGCCGGAUCGUUGAUGUGGAUCAGCCUGUUCUUGGUGGGAAUGCUGUUUCCUUUUAUCAUAAACAGCCUAGGGAACUACUGCUUCCUACCUUUCCUGGCUGUUUGUCUGGUGUCUGCCGUCUUUUUGGGGCUAACCUUGCCGGAGACAAAGGGCAAGACUUUAGCUCAGAUUACGACAGAGUUUGAUAAAAAGAACAGAGGCAAAAUGACAGAGAAAAGAUCUGAGAUGGUGGUAAAUGAGCCGGAACAGUAGCACCUAGGAACAACAUGGUCCUUUACCAGCUUGUCACAUAAAUCUGAUUCUGAAUGUAAACAGAGUGGAUGAAUUAAACUUGACUUCAAGGAAAGUUCAAAGUGAAAAUGGCACGGCAUCACUGUUACUCUGUUAAUGCACUUUUAUAUAUAUUUAUGUGAUGAUAGUUUGGAGUAAUCAGUGUCAUCCUCUGUGAUAAGUGCCUGCCUAUAAGAAGAGGGUUGCAGGUUCAUGGCCCAUUUAAUAAUUGUGUCCUUGAGCAAGACACUUUACCUUCCUUACCUGCUGAUGGUGGUCGGAGGGACUGGUGGCACCAGUGUACAGCAGCUUCACCUCUGUCAGUGUUCCCCAGGGCAUCACCAUCAGUGUGUGAAUGAGUGAACGUCUGAUCUAUUGUAAAGUACCUUGGGGGUUUUUAGGACACUUGAACGUGCUCUAUAAAUGCGGGCCAUUUAUGACUAAAUGUGAAUAAGUUAAACUUGUUACUUUGGUGAAGUUAUAAAUAAUGACUUUAAACAUGUUGAGUUGCUAAGCAAUGGCUUGUCCUGAUAAACCUGAAUACCACAUUUCACAGCCAUCCUGAAACAGCUCCGAACUCCAUGAAAACAUCGUUUUAUUACUCUUUUCACUGCGGUCAGUUUUGCAUUAUUGGGUUACCUCUACAAAAAUAUUAAGACAUUCCUGUUGGAGUUGACCCAGGGACUAACCCUAUCCCUAAUCCUAACCCUACCCCUCCCCUACCCCUCUGGUCCAGAGGGCUGCUAAGUUUUACAUUUGUAAAUAGGCCCAGCAACAUAAUUCCAUGCAAAUAACCAUAAAGCCAAACUGAUGGGGGUGUAAUGGUUAAUAACACAAUGUUGCGUGAAUAGGAGCUGUUUUAAGAUACUAACUGUUAGUAAACACCGUUUCCUCAAACAGGAUGUUCAUGUCGCUAUCUACAACAGAUAAGAUAGAAGCUAACUUUUACAACUAUAGAUAUUAAAAUCUAACCUUCACCUGAUGCCUAAAACUGUCCUAAACAAGAUAAAGAAUUUACUCAAAUAACGUCAUCAAUGUACGGCGAGAAGUUACGUUGGAUAGUGUAGUAAAAGUAGUAAAGGUGUCUGUGAUGCAAAUGAUUGAGGAUCCACAUGCUUCACGUUUAACCAUCUUCAUCUUGUUAACAAGUCACGUGUUAGCAGUAGAGAGAGCUAUGAUUAGAACUGCAUGUAUUCAAUGAUUCAUCCACUCUGGUUAAGCUAAUCUGUAACAAGGACACAACUGAUUUGUGUCAUCUUUUCCAGCUAACUUCCCAUGCAUGAGAUCAUGUCUUACAUUGCAUGAAGCAGAAAUAUGUGUAUUGCCAAAGAUACCAGUAGAUGUCAUCAUUGUCCCACCGUUCAUCGUCUCCCAGCUGAAACUUGAAGCUUUAGUUCAACAGCUGGCUCUUUACAACCCCUCCGGUCUUCUGUGGACUAUCUGUCAUAUCCUGUGUUCCCCAAUCGAUCCAUGCUCAUGCACUAUUAUCUCAUUUUGCACGAGGCAGAUAAUUUGCACUGGAUUAACUUGAGUCUUUUGAUAUUCUGUGGAACUGAGUUACCAAAGGAUUUUAUGACAAUCUCGUGUGUUGAUAAAAGUAAACGUUGUGAUUCUCAGGCUGUAUUUUUGAGCUGAUGUUUAUUUAAAUAUUUAAAUCAUAAAAGAAAGUAUGCUGUUAUUUAAAAAUAUAUAUUUAUUGAAAUGUCUUACUGCACGUUCAAGGAAUAAACACUGCUGACAUCUGCUUUGGCACUGGUCUGGUUGCUUUGACCUGAAACUGCUUUUAUUUUAUCUCAUUUCUGUCAUAUGUUUACCGUAGAUACGCUGUUCCCCGUUGCACAAAAGCAAACAAGGGUUAGGGUUGAGAUUAAAGUCAAAAUGCUGAAAAAUGAAGAUAAUCUUUACUUUUAGCAUUAUAAAAUUUCUCAAAAAACAGUAUUUUAAAACAUUUAUUUACAUUUUAACUUUAAUAUGGACUAUUUGGACUUUUUACUGCACAUUUUAAAUUUAGUCUGGAAAAAAUAUUAAAAUUUUAUCCAAACAUUUAAAUUUUUUUCUAGAUUGUAUUCAGAUGUCUCAUAAUGUCAAUUUACAACUAGAAUGGAUUUGAGUCAUUUUCUAUAACCUUUCUUAACAUUAUUUUAGAAAUUUUUAUACCUCCCUUAUUUAAAAAUUUUAAAUUUAGCCUCGAAAUAAUAUUUUCAACAUAUUUUAAUCAUUUUUAAC